UAGUAUAUUUUUGAAUUUUGAAUCUGAACUGCUGCUUUUAGAACUUGGUAGUACUGGUCGCAAUGCUGCCGAGCAGCGAAUCAAACAGCUGUUCCACCAAAAGCAACAAUGCUGCCAAUUCCAAUGCGUGUCAGUGCUGCCCAGCACGAAAAGCACACAGCUGUUCGGGCCUACUGUGUUUGCGUGCUCGUGUCGUGAGACGUGUAGCCAAAAACAACGCAGCAACAAAUUAUAUCGAACCAGCAACAAUGGCAAAGUACAUUGCCCAAAUUAUUGUACUUGGCGGCCAGGCAAUUGGACGCGCCUUCGCAAAGGCUCUGAAACAAGAAAUUGCGGCGUCACAAGAGGCAGCGAAACGCGCCGGUGGUGGCAGACAGGGCGAUAGAAGCGCCGAGUCCAAUUUGCGUACGGGCAUGACAUUGGAGGAGGCCAAGCAAAUACUGAAUUUGGAUGACAUAAAAAACGUGGACACCAUAGUCAAGAACUAUGAGCACCUCUUCAAUGUCAAUGAUCGUGCCAAGGGCGGCUCAUUCUAUCUGCAGUCAAAGGUUUUUCGGGCCAAGGAACGUCUCGACCAUGAGCUUGAAGCCCAGCAAAAGUCUAAACCAGAAGCCGAACAGGAUCCCACGCAACAGCAGAGCAGAACGCGGCAAAGGCAAUGAACUGUGGCAAGCUGGCCAUAUACCUCAAAAUGAACCCAUAACUUAGCUAAUAAUUGAUUAAAUUAAGUGUUGAAUAGCGCAAGACGACUGUGCUUUGCUGUAAAUAUGUGUGUAUGUAUGCCUCGAUUCUUAGUGCGACAAUUUCUAAGUUUUAUCAGCGCUUUAGUUAGUGAAUAAAACCAAGUUUUUGAAGAA